CCCAACGGCAAAACCAACACAACACGACACGAUGAACCAGCAAGACCCUGUAAACCCCACCCGUGAAGAAAUCAUCCGAGCCCUAGCCAGAAGCGAGAAAAUAUGGUCCCCUGUUAUUCCGGUCACGCAACAACGCCACGCGUUACCGACAUCCUGCUUCAACAUGUUUUCCAUAUUCGCAGCGGUUUCUGGGAACCGGAUAUCCCAUCCAACCUUGUCCACGCCUGGGUCUGGCCCCCGCUUUGGGACUUCAACAUAAAAGAAUGGUCCACUAAACGAAGCGCAUAUAUACCAAGAAGCAAUCGUCAGGGGAUGCAUAUCACGUCGACCGAAUCCAGCCCCUCUUUAUCUUGGUGCUGCCUUGACGAAGCUUUUUGGCUUUGUCGUUUACUAUGUGGAGUCGGGCUUGUCCAUGAUGAAUUUGAGUACCGCUGCUUGGCUCGGUCACGAGCAGUCAUUUAUCCAGAAUACUGGGCAGCAGCGAGGGCUGCGCUCGUCUGGUUUCAUGUCCCGCGCCGAAGUCUGGCGACUUUUAUUCCUCACAUCGAGCACCAGUCUAGAUCAAGGAAAUAGUCCCUGGAAGCCACCCGGCGAGAUCGCACUGCAAAAAACCUCCCGCAGGAGAUUCGCAUACAUCAAGACUGCAGAGACCACUUUUUUUGCGGUACUGAGCGAUGACGGGUUUUAUCCGGAUGUGGCCACUAUAUGUUCAGAAUCCGAUUACCAAGGGACAGCUUUGACAUCUUUCUAUCUUCUUUUGAGUCACAAGGCGGCGAGGAAUACUACGCGGGGUGCUUUUCAGUGGAUGGCUGGGAUUUACGGUAAGGAUAGCCCUCUUAUUGAGGAUGAGAUAUAUGAUCAUGAAUGGAUUGACGCGGGUGGUGAUACCUUUAAGAAUGUCCUUGCUGAGGUAGCCCUGGGUCUAUCUCCUAGAAGCAUGACAGGUAUACACCUCCUACUUCCUAGAUAUCCUACAGCAAAUCCAUAA